AAAUGGGAAGUAUCCAUAAUGUGUCCUUUAAGAGUCCUAUGUCAGGACUUCCUAUAGAGGCACGCUGGAUGUCUACUGGCUAUUUGCAAGGGCUUAUUUUCAUUCGUACCACAGCCACCAAACUAAGUUCUUUAGAAGGCCUCAUAGUAUAAGGAAUAAGAAGUAUGCUCAAUGAUAAGACUGCGCAUAUUUUUUUAAGGGGCAAUGUAUAAUUUAUAUAGGCAACCAACAAUAAACACAAGGCGACGUCACGAGUAUACAUUUAAUCUUAUGCAAUGCAGUAUGCACAAAAACACAAGACGAUGCACAUGCGCGAACUAGGACGAAAACACGGUUCGCGUUGAUCAUACUUCUUAUUUCUUAUACUAUGGAAGGCCUCUGGACAUCCGAAAAGUACCUAUUAUUCAUAUAACGUUAUCAAUUAUCACUAUUAUCAUUGACAUUUGAUGCAUAAACGGGCUGCAUCGCUGCAAUGAAUAAUCUCUUUAAUCGUACUAUCUGCCACGAACUACUACAAACUAGUAGUUCGUGCUAUCUACUAAUAUUUCUACUAUCUAAUAUUCUAGUACACAAUAACCAUCGUCUAUCUAUCAUAGUAUAAUUGGCGAUUGAAAUUGAUAAGAUGUAACAGAUCCACCCCCCGCCAGACUGAUAAAUGAUAAGCUUUCAUUCGCCAAUAGUCAACCAUCGUCCAUCACAAUUCACAAUAUCGUGAAUGUCGAAUUAAUGUAUGUGCAAAACUGAAAAUACACGGUACCUAUUCAUUCAUUGGCCAUCUCUAUUACAUUAGGUUAGCAAGCACGUUUAUUUUGUUUCAAUUUGCAACAUGGACAACGGAGAAUACACCUGUUGUUUUUUUGUCUCCUGAACAAUCACAACAAAAUAUGGAGCAAAGUUUUGAGAAUAUAGUCAGAAAUGAAAAUGGUGACAUGAACAACUUAUCAAAUCUUGUUACGGUUCAACAAAAAGAUUUAAAGGUUUUGGUGGAAAAUAGCUGCCACAUGAAAAGUAAGAUCAAUCAAAUGCUUAUUGUAAUGAAACAAAUGCACGACAAACUUAAUCGAUGUCUUGCUCCUAUUAUAUCCUCAUCACGUGAUACAAAUAUUAAUAUUAGAUCAUACUUUCCGUUGAAAGAUGAAACACAACUCGAUUAUGUAGAUACAAUGAUACUAGAAAAUGCAGCAUUUAAAAACCAGUUGGUUAGUAAAACUUGAA